AUGAAACGAGCCCCAACCCCACUGCAACGCGCCUACUCAUCAGUAGACUUGAGCGUAGAAGACCGUGCUAUAAGUGCCGGCACUCAAACACCCUAUUAUUAUGAUAGCCAAUCAAGAUACGUUUAUCAUGACACUUCAGCUGGUAGUAAAGGCACUACCAGUGCGGUUUACUACAUCAACGAAACUCCAUCUUUGUACAGCUUUAACACUGAUCCACCACCGAUUGUCAGUGAGGUAUGGGGGUUAGAAAGAAUUUGAUUUUAGAGUAAAAAAUGGGUAAAAAAGAAAUUAAAAAUUAAAAUUAAAAUGAAGAAGGUAGGGUAAAGUAGAGUAUAUGGCAGAGUAAAGCAGAGUAAAGUAGGGUAAAGUAAGCACGUCUUAUGAAAUCUGACUACAAGACAAGAACGGGGUCUAAAAAAGUGUUUUAGUUUUAACUAUUAAAAUAUAUUGUCAUGCAAACCAAAAAAAUUUUUUUUUAAUUUUGUAAAGUUUUUAUUUUAUAAUUUAGAGUUUUUAGAGUUUAACAACAACGACUAAUGUUGUGAUAGGUGAAAGCGUUGAGAAAAUACUGCUGCGACUUCUGCACAUAUUUGCCUACAUUUUACGAGCACUGGUAGUGCUCUUUCAGUAAGUUUUCUAACUUUUUUUUGAAAAACGAUAUCUCACCUCGCUUCUCACUUUGAAUCCCCGAGUUGUAGAGAAGAUACACCGUGCUGCCUAAUAACUUGUAAGUACAUUUUAAAUAAUAUUUAUUAUUUAUAUUCUAGGAUCAUUUUGAUAGUAAUCUUGUUUUCGAAUGGUUGGGGAUGGUACAACUUGUUCAACGUUGCCAGUCUAUUAGCCUACCUAUUUGCUCAUCUUGGCAUUAUGAACCAAAACGUGUCUUGGCUGUACCCGUUUUUUAUCCUUGAUGUAAGUUUUGAAGCUUCAAAAUAUUUUUUCCCCUACCCUACCUUACCCUAUUUUACCUUACCCUACGCUAUUUUACCCUAUCCUACUCUACCCUACCCCGUCUCUAUCCUACUAUUAUAUGAACCUGCUCUUUUCAGUUCAUAGUGACAAUAUUCUACACAGUUUUUGCAAUCCUCCUAUGGGCCGACGCCAACUACUACAAUUACUUUCAAUACCCUACAUAUCUCUACCGAAUGACAAUAGUUGACCAACAAGUGAUUGCCUUUUGCCUUUUACUAUCAGUGGGGUUUAUGGUAUUGUUCAUGGUAGUGGUUGGGCGAGUAUGGUGGGGACGACCGUUUUGUUACCCAUAUAAGAAGGAUAGUAAGAGGGUCGAGAAGGAUUAUACUGGCAGGAUAUUUUUUAGCCAGGUUUUUGGAUGUUGUAGGUAUGAAUAG